AUGCCUUAUUGGUUUACGCUUUUUGGUGGUGAAGAGAAUAUGACUAGGGAAAAGCUUGCUUCUCUGCUUAAGAGGCCCAAGAAUCUUUCUUCUGAACUGCGCGUAAAGUAUGCGUGUUUGCUUCUUGUUGAUGGUCUUUUUUGCCGUCGAUCUUUGCACAUGAAGAAGCAUGCUGAGAUGAUUCGCAACCUUGAUUACUUUCUUAACUAUCCAUGGGGUCGCCACUCAUUUGAUAUGACGAUGCAGUGUAUUAAAUCCCGUUCUUUCACACAGUUAGCCCAGUCCACUGUUGAUGUCCAAGGUUUUAUGCAUGCGUUGCAACUUGUAGUGCUGCAAGCUGUCCCUGCUGCAUCUCUUGCUGUUGGUGAUGGUACUGAUCCCGAAUCUGGAGAUGAAGAAAGUUGUCCCGUUAUUGCCUUAAAGCUUGAUAAACUAUGGGAACUUGAUGAGGAAGACACGGUUGAUGUAAUUUCCAUACUCCCAACUCCCGGAGGCGAAGAUGGCGAGAUAGAUGAUUAUAGCUGCCUGAUGAAGGUGAUGAUAGUUCUGUUGCACACAUGGAGAAGUUAA